UGUUGCCUAGAUUGAACAUUAAAUCUUCAUUUUAAAGAACAAAGAAGCGUUUCCGGAUUUUGUUUACAGUUGUAAGAUAUUUGUUGAUAUAAUUCAUAUAUUUGAUAUAAUCCUUCUAUUGGACAAGAAUAUUUGAAGACUUGGUUCUCUGUUACUAUGGAUACAGAUCCUGUUAAUUACAGGAGGAAAGAUGAGACGUUCCCUGCCCCUAAACCCAUUCCAGAGAGGAAGGCAUCAAAAUCUGGUAAGAAGGAGAGAAGACAAGCCUGUAGUAGACCAUGUAAAGAACAUUCCUUUCUGACAGAUGUGGCAGACGUCCGCGCCAUGGAACAAGGACUCUUACAAUUACUGGAGGAUUUCCAUUCAGGCAAAUUACAAGCUUUUGGAGGUGGUUCAACAUUUCAGCAGAUGGAUAUGAUACGAGAGCAACAAGAAUGUUUGGCAAGACUCCAUUUCGAAUUAGACAUUCAUCAAGACUUACAGAGAGGAAAUGAUGAAAAGGCUAGAAUUUCGGCCAAUUCAAAACUAUCCAGACUUAUUGAUCAGCUUCAUUCCAUUAGUUCUUCAAUACAAAAAUUACACAAGACAGACUACAGUCCACAGAAGAGAUGAUAAGAAGAAAGAUUGACUUGUUUCCGUUGACAAGUUAGCCAGAAAGAUGUCUCAUUCCAGUGAUUAGUUAAACAGAAAGUUGAAAGACUUCAGAAAUCAUGUGUGAUAUUUUAAUUGUAAUUUUGUGACCAAUUGUUGACUGUUUUAAACUAUUGUGUAUUCAUUAUUUUUUUGUUGGAUAUCAAUUUUCAUGGAUUUCAUGACAAAAGGUGACCUACAAAAAACAAGGGUGAUAUUGGCUGUUUUUGGGCCAACCCCAUAAUUAUUUAAUUCGUAAUGAUUUUUCCUUAGUUUAAAAUUUCUUUUGUAUGUUUACAUGAGCAAAACUGAAAAAUAAAAUAUCUUUUCGAAUAAUUUUUUUUUCUCUCAUUUUACAAAUACAAAGAAUCAAUGUCUUUUUUUGUUUUAAUAUAUAUAUAUAUUUUUUUUGGAUUCUGAUCUGUCAGACAUACUCUGCAGGACUAGUGAUUAAUUUGUGUAUUCCAUACCAAAAUUGUUUAAGGUGGCAGGUAUGGAAAUUUGUUAAAAAAAAGGUGAUAUUGGCUGUUUUUGGGCCAACCCCAUAAUUAUUUAAUUCGUAAUGAUUUUUCCUUAGUUUAAAAUUUCUUUUGUAUGUUUACAUGAGCAAAACUGCAAAAUAAAAUAUCUUUUCGAAUAAUUUUUUUUUCUCUCAUUUUACAAAUACAAAGAAUCAAUGUCUUUUUUUGUUUAAAUAUAUAUAUAUAUUUUUUUUGGAUUCUGAUCUGUCAGACAUACUCUGCAGGACUAGUGAUUAAUUUGUGUAUUCCAUACCAAAAUUGUUUAAGGUGGCAGGUAUGGAAAUUUGUUAAAAAAAAAGGUGAUAUUGGCUGUUUUUGGGCCAACCCCAUAAUUAUUUAAUUCGUAAUGAUUUUUCCUUAGUUUAAAAUUUCUUUUGUAUGUUUACAUGAGCAAAACUGCAAAAUAAAAUAUCUUUUCGAAUAAUUUUUUUUUCUCUCAUUUUACAAAUACAAAGAAUCAAUGUCUUUUUUUGUUUAAAUAUAUAUAUAUAUUUUUUUUGGAUUCUGAUCUGUCAGACAUACUCUGCAGGACUAGUGAUUAAUUUGUGUAUUCCAUACCAAAAUUGUUUAAGGUGGCAGGUAUGGAAAUUUGUUAAAAAAACCCCCAGUUUUAAAAUGGAUCAAAUUAAAUGUCAGAAUGAAUUAAUCGAAAGUGUAAUGAAAUAUUUUAUUAUGUAAACAGUUAAGCAUUCAUAAUCAGAAUUUAUUAAAAAAAAAAUCCAUCUGCACAAAAUGUUGAAAUAUUUUGUGUGUAUAUGCCUAUUUAAUAAACAAUAUUGAUCUCAGAAUUUGAUAUAACUUUCAAUCACAGGUACUUUUUAGGGACCAUCUCAAAAUACAAGUUUUGUAACUAGUAAUUUUCCUUCCUUAGCCUUCAAUGUGAAGAAAUUAACACAUCAAUGUUCUUGAUUCAUCAAAAUAAAAUUUAUCCACAGUUAUUUUAUAACUAUGGGGAAUAGUCUGUUUCAGAAUCUAAAGGAAUAUGGGUAAUUUAAUUGUCCAUUUGUUAAAAUAAAAAUAAUGUCGCAUCAUUGGUUGAAUUUCAGGUGUUUAUAAAAAAUUUAACCAAUUAUAACACUUUUGUGUAAACUUCUUUAAUAUUACCCAGAACAGUGGCGGAUCCAGGGGGUGGUCCCACGGCGCACCGGACCACCCCCAUGACGAACCUCAAUUUUUUUUUAAGUGUCUAUUUUUCCAAUAACUAGCUAAUUAACAAAUUAACACUUAAGAUUAAUCCUUUCAUCGCACUAAUUGGUGAUGGAUUACCUGGAUACCAAGAGGUGUCACAAUGAAAGAAUACGGAUCAAUGCGUUUCACCUAUAUACAUGUAAUUAAAUUGUCAAAACAGCUCGUCAAUAUGAAGAAGGUAAAUACAAAUUAUUUUUGUAUUUUUAAGUGAAAUUUCCAUAUAUAAUUGCAUUCUCCAACUAACGGAGUCUCGGUUUUAAAUUUCAUUUAUGUACAUUUUGAAAAAAUUAUGAAUGAAUUUAAUUAAAUUUGUUUAUCUAUCUCUUUGAGCCCCCCCCCCCUUUUACCCCCAACAUCAACAGCAAUUUGAAGCACUGAAGUUGGUACCGCCGGCAUUUGUACAAAGCGCAACAUUUGAUGAAAUUAAACAUUUUGUAGUCUUUUACAAUACUGAUUUGCCGAGUCCAUCUACAAUGCCUUCCGUACUGCGUUUGUGGCAAAAGACUUGCGAGUCAAUGCUUUCAAAACCAGCCGGUGCUCUGAAAGAAUGUUGCAAAAACUUAUCUUAAAAAUCAUAGCUACCAUGGGGGUGAAGAGUUGCGAAUGUGAGCGAUCCAACAGUGAGUUAUCACUUCUAAAAACCUACCUGAGAACAACUAUGGGACAAUCGCAUUUAAACGGACUUGCGUUGAUGCAUGUGCACUACAGUUUGGAACUAAACAUAAAACAAAUUAUAGAUAAGUUUGCAAGCAUGAUGUUGAAUGACCUGAUAAACGACUCUUAAGUUUGUUAAAUUAGUAAAUUUUGAACAAUUUUACGUAAAACUAUUUUUAUUGCCUUAUUCAGAUGAAAGUUGUAUGUUGUGCUAUUUUAGAUUGCAAGAUAUUGUAUAGAGUCUUAAAUAAAAAUCAGUUUUACAUGUCUUUAAAUUCCUUUACCUAGGAAUAUGUGCAUCGCAUGGUGUUGUCCAAAUUCAUGAUCUUCCAUAAUGUCGAAGGUAUUUUUUAACCUUGUUCAUACCAUUCAAUAUUCAUUUGGGACCACCCCCCAAUUUUUUUCUGGAUCCGCCACUGCCAGAAUGCAUUAGAUUCUAAAACAUUGAAUUAAAAGUUAACAAGUACCUACAGAAACUUGUAUUUUGAAACUGUCACUUUCUUUACUUGUUUUUCUAUAGACAUAGUUUAUAUUUGUGUUGUAUUUUUUUUAUUUAUUAGAAGUGAGUUUUAUUUAAUAAAUGUAUUUCAUGUGAAUCGACAAUCAUAUCUUUUUAUGUGAAAAUAGUACAUUUCAUUUCAAAAUUAUCAGUAUAUUUUUCUGUUUAUGUUUUCUACUUCACUUGACAUUAAUUAACAUUUAACUUUUCACAUAAAUAUGGCAGAUUUACAGUAGAAAUGUGCCCUAAUAAAGACCAAGGAGGAAAAUCAUCUCAAAAUUUUCAAAUUGAAAAAAUUUAAGAGUUCUGUGACUCAAUUUAGGCAAAACGUUAGAUCUGGGUCCUCAUAUGUGACAUAUUGUAACUUGUAGUUGUAUUAUAAAAAGUUAAUUUUCUAUUUGAUUGUAAUGCAAUUGAGCUUAAUACUUUUUGUACCAUUGCUAUAACAUUUAAUCAAACUGUCGAUAGGUUGUUGAUGUAAAUUCUAAUGAGAUGUUAAUAAUAUACUAUUGACACUAACUUCACAAUGUAAUCAUGACAGUUUAAAUACAUUGCUCAAAUCAGAAUAAACCUUUGCUUAUUAGUUUGUGGAGGGCAUUUUUUCUUUUUUGUUGCUUUAUAGUUAUAUUGCUAUGUUUUAGAUCUGAUUACUUGAAACAUUUCAUUUGUUUAGAAACACCCACCUGACUAAAAAUCAAAUAUUCUUCUUCUUUUAAUCAUGAGUUAUCCCCCAUUUGUAUCAAUCAAUCCCCACCACGAAAAUGAAUUUUAUGUGUUCUUUUUUUAAUCAGGUCAAUGUUUUGUGAGCUUUUCUUGUAUAUCAUUACAUAUAUAAUAGAUUUCCCUUGAUAUGGUGUAAUAGUUAUAUGAUGCCUCAUUCACACGGACAUUUAAUUUGAAUUAAAUUUGAAUCGAAUGCCAAUCGAAUUCACUAAUUGCAUUCACACAUUCUUCUUUCUUAAUUCGAAUUGGCUAAAUCAAAUUUCCCAAUUCGAAUUAGAAAUACAUUUUUGUUAAUACAAAUUAAAAGUUAAUGUUGUUUGGACAGUAAAGCGAAUUUGACGCGCACUGUAAUUCAAAUUAGUUAAUGCGAAACAAAUCAAAUUACAUGUGAACUCAGCAUAAAUGUAAUUUUGGCAAUGUUCAUAUUGAUCCCUCCUACAUGUACUACUGCAUUGUAUUCUUGAAAGCUUUAGUCUGAAAGAGAGGCUACAGAUGUUUUAUUCAACGAAUGUAACAAGAAACUAUAAUAUAAAGGAAAUCCAACAAAUUUUUAGUUUGUUAAAAUGAAAAUCUCCUUCUUGUACUUUAUUAUAGUUAUAUUUUUUUUUCACACAAGUCUUUCAUGUUUUAACUUUUUUUCAAAUAUUGAACCAUCCUUUAUUUCAUAUCAUUCUAUUUAUACCUGGUUUCUCUUCUUUAUUUUAUUUGGUCCUGUCUUAAGAGGCAGUUACCAUUCAAUAUUUUGAUCAGUCUUUCAAUAUUUGUCUCAUUAAGUUACUAGUCAAAAAGUUUUGACUAACAUUUUACUAAAAAGAAGUAAGAAGGGAAAUAUAAACCAAUGGAUAUUUUUUUUUACAUAUUUUUGUAACUUGAUUUAAAUAACAACUUUUUUUUAAAAUUAUAAGCAAGUUUUAACUAGAAAUGUAUAUGGAUAAAAAUAGAUAACUCCAUCUGUUAAGUUGAUUUAAUUAUCUCCCUUUAGCAAGUUGGACUAGGAAUGUAUUUCCUGAUGCACAUCUGCAGGUAAUGUCUUUCAAACUGUUUAAAAAUAUCUAUCUUAUAGGAGUUGUACUUAGAAUGCACAUGGACAGAAAAACAGGUAGAGGGAAUGAGGAGAUGUCUCUUAACAACUUUCAACACAGGAAUUAUAAACACACAAGGUGUCUUUUUUUAGAUCCAUUUAUUUAGAAUAAGAAUAAAGACACAUGGUCUAGUUAUGUGGCAAAAAGUACAUAGUGUUGAGGUUGAACUGUACUUUUAAUUUUAGUCUCAUUAUACAAUUAAGACAAUUAAAGUCAAAAUGUAUUCUAAAUCAGAUCUUUCAAAAAUAUGUUAAACAAUUUUGACAAGUGCAAUUCCAUUAUAUGUAGCUUACUGAAACUAGAUUUGUUGAUAUUGUUAAAAACAAAAUGGUGGCUAUUUAAUUGAUGUGUGGUAAAUUUAUAUUUUGCCUAUGUUUUUCUGCUCAUCAAAAGUAAUAACUUCACUUUAAUCUUAAUACCGUCUUGGAAAUCUCAUGCAGAGAAUCAUAUCAUGUGCCAAUAUCAACAGAUUGAAGCUUUACACUGAAAUAUACAUUUAAGCAGAGAAUAAUUUUAUCAAACUUUUCUACGUGUACAAUACACAUGUAUAGUGUCACAAUAUAUUUUCUAAUAAACAUUCCAUUAGGUUUA